ACGUCUGCGGGUUAAAUGGUUUUAAAGCCAACACACACACACACACACACACACACACACAGAGAGAAAGUGGAAGAAGUGGCAGUGAAACCAUGCCCAAGGCUGCGGUUCAGGGCUGGACAACACGAGGUCUGUGUCACCGCCUGGCUGUGUCCUGUCGUCUGGACUAAACAGCUUGCUUUUCAAAAACCAAACAGCUCUCACUGGGUUCUCUCCCUUUUUUUUUUUUUCUUUGUGUGUGUGGAUUUUCUGUCUCAGCCUGAGCAGCUUUAUUUCUGAAAUCUGGAACCUGGGAUAAAUAAUUAACACAGUACUAUAGGAUGUGGUGAACUUGCCGCAGUGCUUCAUUGAAUCUGUGCAACUGCAUGGAAAAGAUUUUGGAUGGGGCACACACAGUGCGUCUCCAAGUCAGCAGAGAGCGAAGCGUGCGUGGCCCAGAGUGGAAGCUGCAGGCUCGAUGAGCUCCGUGCCGAGCCGCCCGGGACUCCUGCAAUCAACCAGGACCUCGUUCCUGAAAAACCUGAGAGUGGAAUACGAGUACAGGAGCACAGGCUGGAGCCGAACCGAGUGGAUUCAUCUGAGGAAGCCCAGAGAUUACAGAAUGCUAUGACGCACCUUCACGAGUCGGGCUGGUACUGGGGCUCAAUAACCGCAGGUGAGGCUAAGCAGCUUCUGAACGAGGCUCUGGACGGUUCCUUCCUCGUGAGAGACAGCUCGAACCCGGGUUACCUCCUCACCCUGUCCGUGAAAACCGAGCUCGGGCCUACGCACCUGCGCAUCGAGUACUCGAACGGUCACUUCGGCUUCGACUCUGUAGUGAUGGCUCGGCCUCAUCUCCGCCAGUUUAAGGGAGCGGUGGACUUGGUGCAGUAUUACACUCUGGCUUAUCGCAGGCAGGCGACUCGCCGAGAGCUCAGCACGGAUCACGAUACGCUUCCGACUGCAACGACGGAAAACACACUGCAGCUGAAACUCACUAAACCCCUGCACAAGGCAGCGCCCAGUUUACAGCACCUGUGUCGUGUAGUUAUAAACCAACAUUCUCACGAUCACAGAGAUUUACCUUUACCCGAAAGGAUGAAAGACUUCCUGCGGGAAUAUCCGUUCGUACUCUAGACUGUCCUCAGUAUUCAGUAUUCCAUUUUAUUCAAUAUUUCAAUAUUUCCUGAUAUAAUCAGUCAAAUUCGGGCUUCCCCCUUCUUAUGAAUUUUUAGUAACAGACACAAUAAAUCAUCACAACCUGAUCUCACACAGCAUCCAUAUAUAUUGGAUUUGUUGUAAUUGUAGUUGUGUGUAAUUUAUCUACAAUCACUAACCCCGCCCCCUUACCCAAACCUCAACCACUCAGAGCUUUACAUACGAACUGUAUCACGAAUCAUGAGUUCUUCCAAAUCAAACUAGAAAUCGAAUUUCUGUGAUGUUUUUCAAAGCCAUCAUUUUAAAUCAUUAUAAAUCCUCUGUUAAAUUAUUGUUGAUGUUAUCGUGAUGUUGGAUUUAAAAAAUGACCUGUUUACCCGUAGCAGCAUUUUGUCCAUAAAUGAAGCACGGCAGUGUGUCGUUUGGGGAUUAAUGUCGAUGAUACGUCUAGCGUAUCCAUGUCUCUUGGCCACAGUAGUAAUGUUGUGCAUGUUAUAUAGUUGGUAUAGUCUGAUUUUUGGCAGCUGUAUGGGAAUAUAGUCAAAACAAUACAGAAAUACAAUUUCAUUGUUUUUAUUUUCACCCAUUUUACAAAAUUCCGGCAUAUUACAAGCGACACACUCCAUCAAUGUAAUCAUUUUUCUUUCUGUGUCCCAUAUAGCAUAAUGCUCAUGAUAUAACUGCCCUUAUCAUGGUACACCAAUACAUCAAUAUCAUCACAGCAAUGUCAUGUUUAGAAUCAGCUUCAUAGAUUUAAUUGGAUUUUCUUACUUGAGUAUUAGUGAAAAUAUUCAUCUAAGAACAAGUUCAAGUAAAGAAUCAGAAAUAAAGAAAUGUGCGCCUUUAAUCACUGAUUUUUUUGUUUCCUGAAUUGGAAAUUAGCCGCCCUUUUGAAACGAGGAACAUUAGCAAACAAAAAAACUAGCUAACAACAGUUAAUAGUUCUGAAAAACUAAACAAAAAAUGGGUGACAAAUGAAAGGAAAAAUCUAAAUAAUGUAAGGAGGUUUUCUUUUUUGGGCCAAAACGAGUUGCCAGAACAAUGUAUCACCGACUCGACCGCACUGGAGAGACGAACGCCGAUCUUCCAAAAGAUAUCGCAUCAGUUGGUUUUAAUGUGGGUGGGAUCAUCCAGGAAAAGACCACACCAAUCAGGAUAGAAACGUUUCAUCGUAGGAUAAAGGUAUAGAAUUGAUUCGCAAUGACUCUUCCCUCUAAUGUGGAUAUCUGGAGCUACACCAUAUGAGCAAAAAUUAAUUAAAUAAAUGUCUCCUACAUUAUAACAGAGCCACCGGUUUAUACUUCCUUUCAUUUGUCACCCAUCUGUAGCCUGUGUGCUAAUAGCUGUCUGUCAUGAUAGAAGAUAGAUACUAGAUAAAUGAUACUAGAUUAACACAAAAUGUUCACAGAUCAGUAGAUAUCAGGGCGUAUGAUAUUUGUAUUAGAUUUGAAGGAGACUUCUUGGUGUGGAAAUGUGUAACUUUAGAAACAAAUUCAUGAAGAAAUUCACCUUCACCUCUCUGUUCAUGUUGUCCCUGCUUAAAGCUUUACAUAUAUAUCACUUUUACUGUAGAGUAGGUGUGUAAUGCAACGACUUCAUUUGUAUCUGACUCUACAUUUGUAUCUAUAUCGCUACGUGUUUAGUGCGCCAGACUUAAAGCCAAAGUGGGCGUGGCCUAAACUGGACAGGUUUUUCUUUUCUUUCUUUUUGAAUUGAAUAUGAAUCCGAUCAGAAACAUGGAAAACACUAGAAAGAAAGCCAUGAUGUAGAAAGGUCUGCAGUGUCAGCAUGAUGUGUGAAUUCUGGCUCUGACAGUUCCUCAACCUCAGCUACAUCACUCCAGUUCAUAAUUGGUCUCAGCUCACGCAGUUAUUAUUUUCGUUCGUACCUGCCUGUGACAUUUUCUAAAGAAUUUAGCUGGCUUUAUAUAUCAAAAUAUAAACAAACUAUUAGCCUAAUUUAAAUCACUGCAACCCUGACCAGGCAGUUACUAAGGAUGAAUGAAUAAACGUGGUCUUUGUUAAGUCUGGUUUCUUUUAUUCUACUUGUGAUUCGUCGUUACUUUUUUACGAUCGCAAGUCUUUUGUAGAAAAUUUAUCAACUACAUGCGUGGAUGUCCUGUCAACUGGUCACGCUGUUUCCAUACAGUCCCUCUUUUCAUAAAUAUUCUAGACAAGGCUUGUGAACAUGAAGUAACUACGAAUCACAUGUCGACUCAGUAAGUGUUACGAAUAUACUGGCUUUUCUUUUUGUCAUAUAUGUACUAAUUUUUGUGAGAUGUUGAUGCUUUACUUGUCCUGCAAGCUUCAUAUUUGCCCACUCGCUCAUAAAAAACUUCCACUCAAGCAACUUUUUUUGUUGUAUCCCAGUCUUGAUGACACUUUCUGGCAAGAGUUCUAAAAAAAAAAAUGAACAGUGCUCCUACUAUUCAUAUCAGUAUUUGUAUCUAUUUAGAAGAUAUUAUCUGUUCAUUCUGAAUAUUGGGUUACAUCUCGACUGUAGAAGAACCCGGAUGUUUUGAAAUGUAGUGAGUAAAAGUCAUAAGUGAAAGAAAAACCUCAGUGAAGUACAGAUACUUGAAAAAGUACAGUAAUGAAGUAUUUGUACAGCAGCAGUUUUUUACUUCACACCUCUGCAGCGCUGACAACGUUGUUAUGCAAAUACAUUUAAAUGACAUCUUUUUUUUUUUAUCUUCAGUUGAUUGAAACUGUUUUUCAGUUGCAUAAGUGUGACCUGAUUUUAACUGAAAAGAUCAGGUGUUUCGACUUCAAAGAAAAACAACGAGAUAUUUAUCAGAUACCUGGGAACAUUUAAAGCAGGUUUAACCGCUUGUAUUAAUAGAGUCUCCGAGAACGUGGUUUUUAAUUUUUGGUAAAACAGAACGUCACAAGUAAGGAAAGGAAAAUGGAAAAAUGUCACUCAUGAUGGGUGAAACUGAAAUGUGAGAUAGCACCAAACAUUUCCAGUAGUUAUUGGAAUUCUGGAUCUUUUCAGUGAGUCGAAUCAUUUGACUCGACUCACCAGUACGAGUCGAUUCCCAAACGGUUCAUUUGACCAGUGAGAGUUCUUCUCUCCCUAUCUACGGCUAAAAUUAUUUACUAAAACCUUACUCUACAUUCUAAUGAGUAAUCAUUAGUUUGUGUUGUAGUUUGUAAAAUGUAAUUAAAUAAUUGUUAGCCUAAAUCAGUAAAGCGCUACAGAUGUGUCUUGUUAUACAAACACAUAAGAAACUCUGCAUUAAUGUUAUUGUGCUGCUGUGUCUGUGCUUUAUUGUAAAGAUUUAUUAUCAUUUAUACUUUCGUAAUAAACAUGCCCUAUACACACAGCUGCGAAUCAAGCACAUGACUCACCAAUUCACGCAAACGAAGAGCUCGGAUGUUGAAAAGAGGUUUCCAUGGAAGCAUUUAAGUGAUUACUGAAGAUGAAUGAAAGUAUGAGUAAUGGCAUUGACAUCGACAAAAAAAGACAGAAAGGAAGGAAAGAAGGAAGAGAGAAAUCAACGUUCACCUCAGAGAGUCAUAUUAAAGAGUCGAUUCAUUUGCAAAUGACACAUCACUAGUUAAGCUCUUUUAUAAAUCAGCUGUCACAUAAAGCAGCACUUUCCAUAACGGCAAUUAAACGGUCUGAGGCGACGUUUUUGGAUGCAGCAAUACAUCACCACGUUGUUAGGUUACUGUUAAAUAUUAACGACAUAAUAAAGGCUUAAAUGUCCUGUAGUUGAGAAGAAUAAAAUAUCAUUAGGCAAAAUUAUUAUAA